AUGGAACCUCUGCUCGCGCAGAUGCUGGAUGCGAGGAAACAGCUCCUGAACACGAGCGUGCAUCGCGCCGCGCCGCUCAUGGACUGGGUCCCGCGGCUCGACGCCGCAGCAUCCGUGCUGGUCCAGGUGGGUGCCAACGAUCACAAACGGCAUGGGUACGACAAUGGCGACCCAGGGCCGGUCUGCACACAACGAGGAUGGCGGUCGCUUCUCAUCGAGCCAUCGCCGAACCACUUCGAGAAGCUUCGCAAGCAGUACGAUGGGCAUCAGAGCGUUCGGCUGCUCAACGCCGCAGUGUGUGGCGCAACGUGCAAUGCGCACGAGAAGAAGACAUUCUGGUCUGUGGACCUCUCCAAUAAGACCGACCCAGACGGUUGGGGCUCCAACCACAGCGAUCCGCGCUGCGCACUAGUGCCCGGCGGGGGCUGGGUCUCCGAGAUCGCGUCGCUCAGCAGAGGCCACCUGAUCGCCUCAGCCAAGAUCUUCGGCUUCACGCCAGCCAAGUGCAACAGAUGCUCUCAGCUCGUGGGUCGAGAGCUGCCACCAAAUUGCAUGGACCGGCUGGUGAUGAACCGUAUCGUCGCCCACCAGGUGCCGUGCGGCUGUCUGGCCACGGAGGUCUCCGUACUGCGCGCGACGCGUCCCGUCACGCUCCUCAUGAUUGAUGCCGAGGGCUACGACGCCGAGGUCCUGAAGCAAUACCCAUUUGAUCGCAUCCCCACGUGGCGCGUCGUCUACGAGACGUCGCACUUGUCGUCGGACAGCAUCAGAAGCUCUGCCAAGCUCAUGAUGAGCCACGGCUUCGUCAACCUGCUCGGUGGCCUGGCGAAGUUGCCAAUGACCAUGUGGCACCAUCGCGAGAGCGCCGAGGUGUACAAUGGGAGCAUGUGGGAGGGGUCCCGAAGAGGCCGAGGCAAGGUCAAGAGCGCUGCCACCGCGUAA